AUGUUGAACAAGAUCAAGCUCCAAGAGGUAGUUCCUGAGACUGAAUUCAGACACAUUCGCUCCGGUGACAAUCUAGCGGACCGUCUUACUCGGCCUUGUGGGAAUUGUGAGCCAGUCCAGUGUUCAUGGGAAGCUGUGUGCAGUGCCUUAGCAGAUGACUGCCUCGUGGACUUUAACCUCAACGAUGGUUCCUUGGGUACCGACGAUAAGCAAGAGGAUUUGUCCGAUGAGGAUGACAUUGAAGAAGCCCUUGUGAUCAAUGAGAUGUCUUGCUGUGUUGCUAAUCAAGACACAACCGCUUCUUGGAUAGAGCAGUUCUUGCCACGUGUUAAGGUGUCUCAAUCCGCCGAUCCUAAUUGUGUAUCUAUUAUGUCCCAGCUACGAUCUGAUCCGUCCUGUUCUCAGUCUAAGUUCUUCCAUCUUGAUGAUGAAAGUGGUACUUUGAUGAGCAGGCGAUGGAAUUCAGAUGAAGACGAUACUUGGGUGGUAUACAUUCCGGACGACGACAAGCUGAAGGACGAGGUGAUUGACAGGUUUCAUCGAGAUUUUGGUCACCCCGGUAUCACCAAGACGGUCGGCUUGUUACGUGGAGUCUGUGACUUUAAGGGACUUCAUAGGAGAGUGAAACAUUGGAUCUCUUCCUGUAGCGUCUGUUGCCAAGCCAAGUAUGGCCGUACCCUCACUAAAGCUAUAUCAACAUCUAAAUCAUGGGUGCCUCUCUUAUGGGGUGUCGUUGGUGCUGAUCUAGCAGGACCCAUCAAAGAUGCUGACGGUGUUAAACACUGGGUCCUUCUAUUGGUAUGCUACAUUAGCAAGUUUGUAGCUGCUACGGUUAUCGACUCUCCAGGCACUGAGGAUGUGGCCUGUGCGACUAUAGAAUUACUGAAUGCCAAUGGGUGGCCUCGUGUAAUAGCAACUGAUCAAGGAAGCUGCUUCAUGUCUAUAAGGUUUAAGCAGCUCCUUGCUGAGCACAAUGUUGUCCAUGUAUACACGUUUGGGUUCGAUGCGGCACGACGAGGUUGGCUUGAGCGUCCACAUGCUGAGUUUUCAUCAGUUAUAAGGUGUAUGACUAAUGAUCGUGGUCGAUCUAUUGAGGGUGUCAGGGACCUGAAGUGUUUG